AUGGCGGUCGUGCCUACGAAGCUCCGCGCGCCGCAGAGCGGGGCCUCCAUGCCAGUCAGUGGAAGGGAGACGAUGGCAAAGCCCGUCGCAAGGGACACCAUGGCAAAAGCACAGCUCAUCGCAGAUGAGGAUGUAGAGACGGCGGAAGGCUCCAGUGAAAUCAGGAGUAUGGCUCCUUUGCCUGGGGAGCGGGAUCAUCACUGCACCGACCCUUUCUGGAUUUUGCUUCUUCUCGCGGCCUUGGGCGUGCUGUAUGUCCCCGUCACGAAGGCUUUGGAGGAGGGCGACAUGUCCAAGUACACCAGCGGUUUUGACUACAAGGGCAGGAUGUGCGGCCACGACAUCUGCGACAACGGAGAAGUUUGUGGACGCUUCAUCUACUUCUGCUCGAAGCUUGGGGAGAGUGGAAUCGACACCUUUCAUCCAAUCUGCAUAGACAGCUGCCCCACCUCCAACCUGACGUCGCAUCUCUGCUAUGACGAAGCCUCGAUGGGCCCACUGCUUGUGCAGGACUGGCCUACCAAAGAGUAUGGCGUGAAGUGCCUGCAACGGUCCCAUCGUUUGCGGGAGGACCAGGAGCACUUGCGCAAGCGAUUGGCAGGGGAUAUGACCCGCUUCAAGAACGCCGCUCACACCCCGGGAAUGGUGCUUGACUGCGUCGCCUCCAUUGCGAUGGCCCGAUGGCACCUCCUCAUCGUCGCCUUUGUGUCGAUCGCCGCUGGCCUCAUGUACAUGCUCUUCUUAUGGAGCUUCCUCGACUUCCUCAUCCAUGGCUCGGUAGUGCUAGUGAUCCUCAUGCCCACUGCCUUCGGUGUCUGGAACCUCUUCGUCUUCCACAACGCCGGAGGGAUCGGGGCAGCCGUCAGAGGAGAUUCGCAAGCCCAGGAGGCCUUGUGGAUGGGCUCAGCAGGCGUCGCCGUCGGCUUCUUUCUGUGGUGCGCCUUGAAACAGAUUCUAAAGAAGCUCGACACUGCAGAGGGCUGCAUCAUUGCGACGACCGAAUGCCUCUUUCAACUCCCAUUUAUCAUGCUUGAGCCUGCUUUCAGCUUGAUGGUUAAGUUGGCGGUGGUGCUCCCCCUCCUCCUGAUCAUGUUUGGCUAUGCCUCAACUGGCGACAUGAAGCUUACCGAGACUGCCCACGGGAUACGUCGCCAUUUGCAGCUGGACAAAGAGCAGAUCUGUGUCAUCCUCUACUGUCUCUUUAUGAUUGCAUGGCUGGUCGAGCUGAUCCACAACAUGACGCAAUACGUCCUUGUAUACAUUGCAGAGAAAUGGUACUUCACCGAGUACGUCGGGGGUCGGAAGGCGGACGUUCCCGGCUUUUGCGUCGUGCUGGAAGCCACGUGCAACCUCUUCCGAUACCACCUCGGGUCGGUGAUCUUCGGGUCGCUUCAGAAGACUCUAUUCAGAAUUCCCAAAAUCCUCGCGGAUGGUAUCUUCCCCUUCGGUUGCUUCUCUGUGCCGAAGCACAAGGAUUCCAACAGACGGUGUAGCGUGUCUCUCAUGCUCGCAUUGCUGGGCAAGGAGGGCUACAUGGACAUGGCCAUCACUUCUGCUGACUACUUGGAGGUUCAUGGGUAG